UUGCAGCCGACCGCCGUCGCGAUGUAGGCACAGGUAGCCAGGAGUGAGGACUCACAGCAUUCUUACACUCGAUGCUCUCUAACUGAACGUUUCUCUCCCAGUGUCAGUGCGAAUUCAGCCGACGGUUCGCGCGUACGCAUCCGACACACCCGACUUAUUACCGCAACGAAAUUACACACGAGAAAGAAAAAAAAAACAUUAAAUUCCAAACGAAUUAUUUUGUGGUUUUCCCGAAGCAGUGGAGUUGUUUCUGAUUAAACGUAGAAGUGAAUAACUGUAGCGAUGAAAGUUUUAACUGUUGGAGACAAAGUUGCUAGUGUCGGUCGAGAGAAUGAGCCCACCGUUGUGGUCGACACGCAAAAGUUAAUUAGAGAAGAAUUGAACAGGGGCUGUCCAUUGGGCGUGUCGAGGGUCACGAAUCUAGUCUACGUGUGUGGAGCUCACGCUCUACCUGGAGCCGUCAGGGUUUUGCAUCCUGGAUUGAUCGUCAGCGCGGCGCCAGAACUGCCUCCACCGCCCGAAGAUUACGUACCGAGGCAUUUCGUACCCCUGUUGGACACUCCGAACUCAGAUAUGCUCCCCUAUAUGGAUAGGGUUGCUGACCUUAUUAAUGAGGUGGUCACAAACGGAGGGGUGGUGUUGGUUCAUUGCGUCGCCGGAGUGUCCAGAUCAGUGACACUCUGUCUGGCUUACUUGGUCAAAUGGCAGAAGAUGACCCUACGUGAUGCCUACCACUACUUGAAGAUAAGACGACCACAAAUUCGACCGAACACGGGUUUCUUCAAGCAGCUCAUCAAAUUCGAAGAAAGACUGUUCAGCGAAGCAACAGUCAAGAUGGUGUAUUGCGAGGCCAUCGACAAAGAGAUCCCUGAUGUAUACGAGCCUGAUUACAGCGGAAUGACAUGGUUCAGGCAACGAUACGGACCUAUCGAAAAAUGCUGAAAUAUUAAAAGGAUAUCAUCAACGCGUAUAUUGUAAGGAUACACCGGAAUUCAAUUAUGUCAUCCGAAAGAGGCUUCAUGAAUUUUUUUUGACAUUUUUAGUUCCGGUAUUACCUUAUAAUAUAACUAUCUAUGGAAUAUGGCCUAAAGGUCUAGAUAGGUCAUAAACUCAAAAAAAAAAAACUAUCUAUGGAACGCGUUAUUUAAAUACAUAUUCGAAUUGCGAAAAUGAGAGCUGUGAUUUGCGCGGGAAGUAAUAUAAGACUGAGCGAAUGAAUGAGCUUUGAAUGGUGGAAUGGUUUUAAAAUGAACGAGUGAAGGAAGAUUGAUGAGUGAAUGGAUUGAAUGUGCUUUUUAAUUACUAUCGGACACAUACUUUGAAUUGAAGAAAACACGGCUGUUGUGAAAAUGAAAAUGUUAUUGUUGCUUUAAAUAUGAUGCAAUAUUAUGCACUUAUAAAGCCUAAAUAUUUUAGGUACGCUCAGAAUCUGUACUUGUCUGAACUUAGCUAUACUCGUACGGUAGAAAUGAAAUAGUUAUUAUUAUCGUUUUAAAUUAUGAAAAUCUAAUAUAUGUUAACACAUUAAAAUGUUAUAAUAUUGAUAUUAUAAAUAUGUACCGCGUUAUGCUACUUCGUGUUAAAGUUUUUAUCUUGGAUUCAUAUUUCGAAAAUUUUUAAAACUUUUUUAUUAAAGAAACAGUUCUGUUAUAAGAAGCAUUAAUUCUCGGGAGAAAAAGCGUAUCGACAAUGUAUUAAUAAGAGGUUGUACGCUUGUGCGAAGUAGAGACAAAUUACAGUAAUUAAUGAUUCUAUGUUGCAUGGUUGAUCUCCAGCUGUAAAAACUGUUUUUUGAAAAUUUGCUCCAAAUUAGAAAGUUAUAUCUUAAUCUCUAGUACUUUCUUCGGUUUCCGCGAUUAUUAAUUUAAAUAAGUAAAAUUAAUUAAAAUUAGUUUUACGUUUUAAUCCAAAUUCUGUAUUGGUUACACAUUAUUUUGGACGUUUCACAUGUUUUACUUCGUGGUCGCAGAUGCUGUCGUAAAAGUCAUUAUAUUACGAUAAUUAUCUAAUCUUUUGUUAACUUUAUAUUAUUUAGUUUGUAAUGUGAUAUCGAUUUAAUUUAGAAAAAUAGUUUUAAAUAUAAUCUAAUGUAUCGAUUGUAAGUUUUCGAUGAAAAUUUUGUAAUGGGACCAAAAAUAAAUGAAUCGGUGUUUUUUUAAUUGAAA